CAGACGGAACUUCAUAUUUCAGCGUUAGGCUGGACGAAGUGUUUCAAAUAUGAGCGGAAGAGGCAAGACCGGCGGAAAAGCAAGAGCCAAGGCCAAGACCCGGUCAUCCCGGGCCGGGCUUCAGUUCCCUGUGGGCCGUGUUCACAGACUCCUCCGUAAGGGCAACUAUGCGGAGCGUGUCGGUGCCGGCGCCCCGGUCUACCUGGCGGCUGUGUUGGAGUAUCUGACCGCUGAGAUUUUGGAACUGGCUGGAAACGCCGCCCGGGACAACAAGAAGACCCGCAUCAUCCCUCGUCACCUGCAAUUGGCCGUCCGCAACGACGAGGAGCUUAACAAGCUGCUGGGUGGAGUGACCAUCGCUCAGGGCGGCGUGCUGCCCAACAUCCAGGCUGUUCUGCUGCCCAAGAAGACCGACAAGCCCGCCAAGAAGUGAAUGUACACACUGCCUUGCUCCCAACAACCCAAAGGCUCUUUUAAGAGCCACACA